CGCCCGUGCGCGCUGUGCCGCCAACGCCUCGAGGGGACGCAACCUUCGGAGAUCGAGUGCGAGCUGACGUCCUUGGCGAGGGGGGACGUCACGCUCGCGCACAAGGAUUGUUUUUUAUACGCGCCAAGGACGGUGUACGCCGACGAAAACGAAUACGAAUUCGGCGCCGGGCGGCGGAUGGCGAAGAACAUCAGAGCGGAAGCGCAGCGCGCCAAGCGACUCAAGUGUCACGCGUGCAAAAAAACGGGCGCGUGCACUGGGUGUUUCUACGACGAGUGCCCUUGGUCGUUUCACGUUCCGUGCGCGCGGCGGUUUUAG